CCCCGCUCGGCCCGGACCCCAGCAGCCACCGCCCUCCGGUCCGGCCCUGCCGGCAGCGGCGCGAUGAAUGACUUUGGACUCAAGAACAUGGACCAAGUGGCCCCUGUAGCUAACGGUUUUCGGGGUACACUCAAGCGCCAGCCGGCAUUUGACACCUUUGAUGGCUCUCUGUUCUCGGUGUUCCCCUCUCUCAGUGAAGAGCAGACACUCCAAGAAGUGCCCACGGGCUUGGACUCCAUCUCCCACGACGCUGCCAGCUGCGAGCUGCCCUUGCUCACCCCAUGCAGCAAGGCUGUGAUGAGCCAGGCCCUGAAGGCCACCUUCAGUGGCUUCCAGAAGGAGCAGCGGAGACUUGGCAUUCCCAAGAACCCCUGGCUGUGGAGUGAGCAGCAGGUGAGCCAGUGGCUGCUCUGGGCGACCAAUGAGUUCAGCCUGGUGAAUGUGAACUUGCAGAGGUUCGGCAUGAACGGCCAGGCCCUGUGCAACCUCGGCAAGGAGCGAUUUCUAGAGCUGGCGCCCGAUUUUGUGGGUGACAUCCUGUGGGAACAUCUGGAACAGAUGCUCAAAGAAAACCAGGAAAAGACGGAGGAACAGUAUGAAGAGAACGCACACCUCCACUCCGUCCCCCACUGGAUCAACAGCAAUUCCCUUGGCUUUGGUGUGGAGCAGACUCCGUAUGGAAUGCAGACGCCGAGCUACCCCAAGGGCGGCCUCCUGGACAGCAUGGGCCUGUCCUCCGCAGCUCCCACCACCCUUGGCUCUGACCAGGACUUCCAGAUGUUUCCCAAGUCGAGGCUCAGUGCCGUCAAUGUCAGCUACUGCGCUGUCUCUCAGGACUACUCCGGUGGCAACUUGAAUUUGCUGCCCAACAAUUCAGGGAAACCCAAAGAGCGGGACUCUGUGGAGAAGGGCGCGGACAGCUUCGAGAGCUCCGACUCGCUGCUGCGGUCCUGGAACAGCCAGUCCUCCCUGCUGGACGUGCAGCGAGUGCCCUCCUUCGAGAGCUUCGAGGAUGACUGCAGCCAGUCCCUGUGCCUCAGCAAGCCCACCAUGUCCUUCAAGGACUACAUCCAGGAAAGGAGUGACCCUGUAGAGCAGGGGAAGCCGGUCAUCCCCGCCGCCGUGCUGGCCGGCUUCACCGGGAGUGGCCCUAUCCAGCUGUGGCAGUUCCUCCUGGAGUUGCUGUCCGACAAGUCGUGCCAGUCCUUCAUCAGCUGGACGGGGGACGGAUGGGAGUUCAAGCUGGCUGACCCCGACGAGGUGGCCCGUCGGUGGGGAAAGAGGAAAAACAAACCCAAGAUGAACUACGAGAAGUUGAGCCGGGGCUUGCGCUACUAUUACGACAAAAACAUCAUUCAUAAGACGUCGGGGAAGCGGUACGUGUACCGCUUCGUAUGCGAUCUCCAGAACUUGCUGGGGUUCACGCCCGAGGAACUGCAUGCCAUCCUGGGCGUCCAGCCCGACACCGAGGACUGAGGCCUGGGCUCCGCCCUGAGCCAGCCCGGGGCCCCGGGGGGCUGAGCGGAGACCCCUCUGCCCAUCCUGACCUGUGCUCCCAGGACCUUGGCAUCUGUCUGUCCAGGGAUGUGGCCAAGAAGCAGUGGCCUUGCUUUUCCACGAGGCCGUCUCCUGGGGGCAGAGCGGACUGACAGCCUUGGCUUCUCCGACGCCCGCUCUGCAGACGGGCAGUGCCGCCGUCCAACAGGGUGGCUGGGUAGGAGACGCUGGAGGAUUCCCUUGGCCAGGUGGCUGGGCGCAGGGACAGUUCUGGAACUAGAGGUCCUGCAGGUGGGGAGCGUGUGGACUCACAACCAUUUAAAAAAAAUGUUAUUUUUUAAAUGUUGUCCCUUUCGCAAACAGGAAUAGCAAAUGUGAAAGCCUUCUCUGUGGAGGGGGAGGGGCAGGGGGAGGGGGAGGGAAGGACAGACGAUUUCGUCAUUUCAGAAGUGCGUUUGUACAUAAGAUUGUAAUCUUACCUUCGUUAAUCAGAAUCUUCUACCAGUUCUAUUUAACAGAAACUGUAUAUUGUAAUUUAAGUAAUUAUGUAUAAAUUGUAUUUGAAAUAAGAAUGCAGGCAUCCAGUAGGAUUAAAAAAAAGUUUGUUUUUUUUAACAGCAGGCAAAUUUUACCAAGAGGUAAUCAGCCAUUGGUCAACGGGGAGAAUCAGAAAGUGUGUAUUACCUCAUGUGAUUCUCUUGCAGGAAUGAGCUCUGAGGGGUAACAAUUAAUUCCUGGUUGUUUUUGUUGUUGUUGUUGUGCUUGUUUUGUUCUGCCUUGGUUCUCACCCAGCAAGGCCUUUGUACAUUGGGAGAUUUUUUUUUAUAUAUAUAAGAAACUUAAUAUUAUUGGAGGGUGUGCCUGACCUCAGUACUCCCCUCACUGUAAAGUAAAAGCUGUACAGCAGUAUUUUUCUUGACAAAUGGCCUAUGUUUUCCACUUCCGUGCAUGCCUUUAAACCCGUUUAUACACAGAUGUAUUUUAUUUUUUGGUGUCACCGUUUCCCGGCAGCUCACCGUCUCCUUUUCCUGGCUUGCCAUUUCCUUCCCCCUGCCCUGAGGUCUUCUGUGUGAUUAAAAUAAGAAAACUAUUUUUGGAAACAGGCGACUCCUCUUCAGAGAUCAGGAGGGAUCUGUGUAGCAGCUAUUUUUACUGCAAAAGUAAUUCACUGG